AUGGACGGCCACUUCCACUCCGGCGACCGCUUCUCCGGCCCCGGGGAUGCCUUCCACCGGCAUUCGCACAGCACAGCAAACCCCCUCGCAUUCAAUUUCUCGUCCAUGAUGCAUUCCCAGCUGGACCCAGACCACCACUCGCAGCAACAGCAGCAGCAGCAGCAUCAAUCCGGGGGGUCGACUGGUACCAACGCCUACGAGUCUCAUGACGAUCUCUGCGUUGACCGCUGCGCCGGCGUGGGCCUCUACAAUGGCUUCCAGCAGUUCAACCAUCGCGGCGGGCCGGCCUCGAUCCAGAGCCACUGGGCACGCGGGGAGCGCUCUCUCGAUUAUCACCACCACGACUUCUCCAUGGGCCUCGGCGCUCUAUCGAUGCAGCAGUUCCGCGACGCCGCCGGGCUGGGACACCACAACAACCUCUACCACCACCAGCAGCCUGGGGAUGCCGCAGCAGCAGCAGCAGCAGCCUGGUACUGCCAUCCCAUGGAUUCUUCAUGCCUCCCAGAUUCCUGUGCCCCCGACUCGUGUAUCCCCUGUGUCGACGAAGACUGCCGUUCCCGCGCCGACAGCUGCUGUGAUAGCGAGUGCACCAUGACCGACAAGUGCACCGACGUGGCCUGCGCCGACACCGAGGACGCCUGCACCGAUCAGACCUGCCCCGAACGCCCUGCCGUCUCCUUGCCGACGUCCGAAGUUGUCAGUGGUGCGGCGGCCUUGAUCUCGAUCAACCAUGCGCCGGACGGGUCACCAGCAGACCACUUUGACUUACAGCAGCGAGUCAUGGAUGACUUGGACUUUAGUCUUUCCAACCCGACAUCGCAACAGCCCUUUAUGCUCCCCCCUGAUAUCCUCCCCGGGCAGCUGGGCAGCCUCACCAGCCACCUCCUCGUUGCCCACGGCGAUACAGCGUCAUCGUCUCACUGCACAGAACCAUGUCCCCUGGAUGACCCCGAGAUCUACCAAUAUUGCCACAUGCCUCUUCUCAACCACACGGUCAAUCCAUUCGGCCAGUUCAACCCCGUCGGAGCAGACUUCCAGAUGAACCGUGGCUUUGUCGAGUGCGGCGCUGAGAUCCACGACGCCGAGUCCUUCCUGGCCCAUUUCAACGCCCAACAUCGGCAAUACUUUACCUCCAACACGCCAACCCACUUCCGCCCCUCGGUCCCGCCAGGACCAAUACCAUCACCAUCACAACAGCAGCAAAUCAUGCCCUCCACGGAGGUCAUCUCAUCACCCACCACCCCCCUCGACACCUCCGACUCCGGCCGCUCCUCAGGGACCCCAUCCCCUUUCACCCCACUCUCCAACAGCAUCGAUAUGACCGACGCCGCGGCCGCGGCCAAACCAGACCCUCCGCUCCAUCUCCGCGGCACCUCCAUCUCGUCCUCCUCGGCCGGUCACUCGCUCGACCCCAACGCCGAAGAAGAGCACCGGUGUCUCUGGCGCGAAGAGGGCUGCUCCGCCAUCUGCGGCCUGCUGUUCGCCGACGCCGAGGAGCUCUUCAAGCACGCUUCGGAAACACACAUCAAGCACGCGCAAAAGGGCGCCCAGGGCUUCCGCUGUGGCUGGGACGACUGUCCGCGCGCUGAAGCCGGGGCCGCUGGGUUCCCACAGCGGAGUAAAAUUGAGAGGCAUAUGCAGACUCAUAUUGGGCACAAACCUCACAUCUGUCCCACCUGCAACAAAGGCUUCUCCGCCAAACAAGCCCUAACCCAACACAUGUUCAUCCACAGCAACGAGAAACCCCUCGUCUGCAACAUCUGCCACAAAGCCUUUCGCUAUCCCAGCGCCCUCACAAUGCACCAAAGAGUACACUCCGGCCUGAAACCCCUGAAAUGUCCCAUCUGCGGAAAAGGUUUCAGCGAGUCCUCCAACCUGUCCAAGCACAAGCGGACUCAUGAGGUGAAGGGGCGGUUUACGUGUACGGCGGCGGGGUGUGAGCGGAAUUUUCAUCGGCAGGAUCAGUUACGACGGCAUAUGAAGACGCAUAGCAGUACGCAGCAGGGGUUAGGGUUAACGUCUGGACACACUUUUUGGCCGGUGGAAAGGGGACAUCCAAAAAAAUAA